AUGUAAGACGACUGGGGUGAUUUAAAGAGACCUGGUGCACCCUACUAUGUCUCCUAGAACCCAUUGAUAUUUCAAGAAGGAGAAUUCCCAUUCAGUAAUUUGAGGGAUUUGAUUGAUGAGAGAAAUUUCAAUCCACAUCAUAGAUCUCAGUUUACAGCCAAAAACAGGCAGAGUAGAUCUUUCGACCACCAUCAAUAUUAAUAAAAUGAAGGAUUCUCUCAAUUUGACGACUCCGAGCUUGACCCCUCGUAGAAAUCGAACAUGGGUGACUAGUAUAACAACGAGAAUACUAAUGAGCUCGGGCUAUCAGGAAGUUAUACUGACGGCACAGCUGGUCAAUCGGAUAAAAAUGAAAAUUCAAAAAGCAAGCAUUCUAGUAUAAACAAUGGAAGAUGGACACACGAGGAGCACUUACGAUUCCUAGAGGCUUUAAGACUUUAUGGGAAAGACUGGAACAAAGUCUAGGAUCACAUAAGCACUAGAACUAGUGCAUAGACUCGUUCUCAUGCUUAGAAGUAUUUCAAUAAAUUAUGCAAGAAGGGAAAUAUGAGAGAUUUGGCGAUAUUCGAUGCAUUACUAUCAAGCAAAAGAAGAGGCGGCGAAACAGAUUUAAAUUUUAUCGAUUAAAAUUACAACUUCCCCAUGAAUAAAACAAAAUCAAUUAGCAAGAAUUAUAACACAAGACUAUUUAAAACUGCUGGAAAAUACAGAGAAAAUGAGAAAGAUAUCUUUUAUGUGGAGAAAAAAGCUUCCAAUAACUAUGGUUCUAUUGCAUAGCCCAUUUUUUAAACUCAAAAAUCAAGUGACGACUACUACAAAAAUGUGAUCUUUUUAACAGAAAACAAAAAGACAAGCAUUCAGAACUAAUUCCUUCCUCAAAAUCAGCAAGUCAAACCAUCAGGGCUGCAAUAAACUUAGAACAAAGAAAUACCACGACCAUAGUAGCUGUUUCAGGUUACAAAAAUUGACAGUUCUUUAGGUUUAUAAAGCUAGAACUCAAGUUAUAAAGAAAAUGGGAAUAACGAGUUUCCUGAAUAAUAAGACAUGCUUAAGUAAAUAUAAUAAAGAAUACAUUAGUCCCCUUAAUUCCAAGAAAAUUAGCAAGGUGUCUAGUAUAGACAAACUCUUAUGGAGCCAAUUGAUGAAGAAGAGUUGAGAUAAUUCAGGCUAUGGAAGGAGUAAUAAUAAAGACUAAAAUAAAAUCCUGAAGUGAACGAUUAGAAUAAUAAUGACUCUUAAGCCAGAUCAAGUGUUGAUUCAAUAUUCAAAGCUUAGAAUAAUUAGACUAGUCCGAAGGUCAAUGUUGAUUAAAUAUAGAUGGACGGCUUAGUUAAAAACAUGGCUCGAUGGUCGAUUGAGGACGAAACUGUGGAUAAAAUGUAAAAAUAAGACAAUAAUAACAAUCAUGAGUCAAUCUAAUCAUACAACUCUAGGAUGGAUAUUAACUCUGUAGCAUUAGAUGAUAACGAUCCAAGAAGAAGUGAUAAGAGUGGCAUCUCUCAGUUCUUCCACCCAGGCAUUCCUGACAUGUCCCUUCUAAGUCAGAGGAAUUCCCGUGAAGCAGCUAUGAACAUUGAUGAGUACUAGAGAUUCAGUGGCUCAGGCUAUAAUAAAAAUGCAAAUCAGCUGAUAAAUAAUUCUAUGCAUGGCUAUGAUUCAAUGUAUUCUUAGAGUCAGCAGGAUGCACAUUAGAACAUGAGAAAUAACCGUCUAGGACUUAUGGUGAGUGAGGACAUUAUCAACGAGGUUAGCUUUGAUGAUGAUGGGUUUAAUCUAGGCAAGAAUAGCCAAGGAAUCUGA